AUGGCGCUGCUCGCGAUACGUUCUUGGCGUUGGGCAGCCGCGGCGGCUGCUUUCGAAAAGUGCCGGCACUCCGCGAUUCUGAUCCGGCCUCUGGUCUUUGUCCGCGGCUCAAAUCCUCAGUGGAGGUCACAUCAGCUCGGCGCCCCGGGAACCGCUCGAAUCUACCAGCAGGUCCCAGAGUCAUUUAGAAGUACCACAUGGCAAAGAUUGGGAAAAGGCAAUUCAAGACAGUUAUUAGAUGCUACAAAGGCUCUCCAGUCAUGGCCAUUGAUAGAAAAGAGGACAUGUUGGCAUGGUCACGCUGGAGGAGGACUCCACACAGACCCAAAAGAAGGGUUAAAAGAUGUCGAUACGCAGAAAAUCAUAAAAGCAAUGCUUUCUUAUGUGUGGCCCAAAGACAGGCCAGAUCUACGAGCUAGAGUUGCCAUUUCCCUGGGAUUUUUGGGUGGUGCAAAGGCCAUGAAUAUUAUUGUUCCCUUCAUGUUUAAAUAUGCUGUAGACAGCCUCAACCAGAUGUCGGGAAACAUGCUGAACCUGAGUGAUGCACCAAAUACAGUUGCAACCAUGGCAACGGCAGUUCUGAUUGGCUAUGGUGUAUCAAGAGCCGGAGCUGCCUUUUUUAAUGAGGUUCGAAAUGCAGUAUUUGGCAAAGUAGCCCAAAAUUCAAUCCGAAGAAUAGCCAAAAAUGUUUUUCUCCAUCUUCACAACCUGGAUCUGGGUUUCCACCUGAGUAGACAGACAGGAGCUUUAUCUAAGGCUAUUGACAGAGGAACAAGAGGUAUCAGUUUCGUCCUGAGUGCUUUGGUAUUUAAUCUUCUUCCCAUCAUGUUUGAGGUGUCACUUGUCAGUGCUGUUUUGUAUUACAAAUGCGGUGCCCAGUUUGCAUUGGUAACCCUUGGAACACUUGGUGCAUACACAGCAUUCACAGUUGCAGUCACACGGUGGAGAACUAGAUUUAGAAUAGAAAUGAACAAAGCGGAUAAUGAUGCAGGUAACGCGGCUAUAGACUCACUGCUGAAUUAUGAAACUGUGAAGUAUUUUAAUAAUGAAAAAUAUGAAGCACAAAGAUAUGAUGGAUUUUUGAAGACAUAUGAAACUGCUUCAUUGAAAAGUACCUCUACUCUGGCUAUGCUGAACUUUGGUCAAAGUGCUAUUUUCAGUGUUGGUUUAACAGCUAUAAUGGUGCUCGCCAGUCAGGGAAUUGUGGCAGGUACCCUUACCGUUGGAGAUCUAGUAAUGGUGAAUGGACUGCUUUUUCAGCUCUCAUUACCCCUUAACUUUCUGGGAACUGUGUAUAGAGAGACUAGACAAGCACUCAUAGAUAUGAACACCCUGUUUACUCUACUCAAGGUAGACACCCGAAUUAAAGACAAAGCGAUGGCACCUCCCCUUCAGAUCACACCACAGACAGCUACGGUGGCCUUUGAUAAUGUGCAUUUUGAAUACGUUGAGGGGCAGAAAGUCCUUAGAGGAAUAUCUUUUGAAGUCCCUGCAGGAAAGAAAGUGGCCAUUGUAGGAGGUAGUGGGUCAGGGAAAAGCACAAUAGUGAGGCUGUUGUUUCGCUUCUAUGAGCCUCAAAAGGGUAACAUUUACCUUGCUGGUAAAAAUAUACAAGAUGUGAGCCUGGAAAGCCUUCGGAGGGCAGUGGGAGUGGUACCUCAGGAUGCUGUCCUCUUCCAUAAUACUAUUUACUACAACCUCUUAUAUGGAAACAUCAGUGCUUCACCUGAGGAAGUAUAUGCAGUGGCAAAAUUAGCUGGACUCCAUGAUGCAAUUCUUCGAAUGCCACGUGGAUAUGACACCCAAGUAGGGGAACGAGGACUCAAGCUUUCAGGGGGAGAAAAGCAAAGAGUAGCAAUUGCAAGAGCCAUUUUGAAGGACCCCCCAGUCAUUCUCUAUGAUGAAGCCACUUCAUCGUUAGACUCAAUUACUGAAGAGACUAUUCUUGGUGCCAUGAGGGAUGUGGUCAAACACAGAACUUCUAUUUUCAUUGCACACAGAUUGUCAACAGUAGUUGAUGCAGAUGAAAUUAUUGUCUUGGACCAGGGUAAGGUAGCUGAACGUGGUACUCACCAUGAUUUACUUGCUAACACUGGCAGUAUCUAUUCAGACAUGUGGCAUACACAGAGCAGCCGUCUGCAGAACCAUGAUAACCCCAAAUGGGCUGCAAAGAAAGAAAAUGUGUCCAAAGAGGAGGAAAGGAAGAAACUACAAGAAGAAAUUGUCAACAGUGUGAAAGGCUGUGGAAACUGUUCCUGCUAAGUCACAUGAGAUUUUUUUCUUCUCUUUUUGUUUUGGACUAUAUAUUUGCACUGAAGCAGAAUUGUCUUAUUAAAAAAAAAAUCAUACAU